GGAAUGGUCCGAAAGGUGAAAGGUGACAAAGAUGGCGUACACGGACAACAUUUUCUGACACGGUUGCGACUUUUUAGAAUCUGGCACAAAAGUGGCGUUUCUGAUCUAAGCAGAGGCGGGGAACCUUCACCUUACUUCUCGGACACUCCAAUAAUAACCAUGAGUGGUGGACUGGCCCCCAGUAAGACCACAGUCUAUGUGUCCAACCUACCAUUUGCACUCACCAACAAUGAUCUGCACAAGAUUUUUGAGAAGUAUGGCAAGGUGGUCAAGGUGACAGUUAUGAGGGACAAGAUUACCAGACAAAGUAAAGGAGUGGCUUUUGUUCUGUUCCUGAAGAGAGAGGAGGCACAUGCCUGUGUGCGAGCUCUCAAUGGGAAGGUGUUAUUUGGACGCACCGUCAAAUGCAGCAUGGCCAAGGACAAUGGGCGGGCCUCAGAGUUCAUCCGACGGAAAGUCUACAAGGACAAGAGCCAGUGUUACGAGUGUGGGGAAGAGGGCCACAUGAGCUAUGCAUGUCCAAAGAACACCCUGGGUGAAAGAGAACCUCCCCCAAAGAAGGAGAAGAAAAGGAAGAAGUCACAAAUGGCAGAAGAAGAGUACCAAGAGGAAGAUGAGAGUGAUGAAGGGGAGGACCCUGCACUGGACAGUCUGGGGGCAGCCAUCAGAUAUGAACAAGCCAAGAUAGAAGAAGAAGAGUACAGAUAUAGGGUGGCUACAGGCAGCUAUGAGGAGCCAAGCACAUCACAAGCGAGUGACGCCAAGAAGAAAAAAUUCAAGAAAGACGAAUAUUUCAGUGAUGAAGAGGAUAUCAGUGAUCACGACUAGAAAUCCUUUCAGAUUCGUUGUACAUUU